UUAAAAAAUGGCGGAUAUCACGUCAGAUGUUUGCUCCGUAAAAAAACGAGAAAAUAGAGAGAUAAGACGUUCUAACAAUUAAUUAUUGGAGAUCUAAGACAAAAUGGCAGUUACUGCAACACCACAAAAUGAGAGAGAAAAUGCAAUUCGAAUGGGGCUACUGAUACAUCGUUCUAACGAUGUGCUUCAAGAUGUUCUCAGUACACAGUUACAAACAGCUUAUAUAGGUGUAUUCGAUCCUACAAAAGGCAACAAGUUGUUUGGUAUUCUUGGCGACCAAAAAGCAAAGCAUAUUUUGCUCCGUUUGAAAAAACGAAAUAUUUUGAAUUCCAGUCAAAUGAAGCUUCUGUACCCCUCUGGGAAUCCCUCCACAACUGUGACAUUGAAGGACUUAGAUUUAACUCUUACAGUUGUCUUCUUGAGAAACAUCACAACACUGAACCCAAAAGCCAGCUGGGAGAAUCCUCCAGCAACAGACACCUCCGUGGAAGCCCAGAUUGGCAGAGUGAAGAAAUAUCGCAACGAAUUCGCACAUGGGGGCCCCGGUCUCACAGAUGCAGAAUUCAAGGACAAGUUCACCGAAUUGAAAUCUCUUUUGUUGUCUCUGUCUCCACUCUACUCCAGUGAAGACUACGACAAGUUGCUGACUGAUCCACUACAUGCAGCAGAACCACCUUGUGAGCUCCUUUCCACUUCCCUUCCAAAUAGAAAUCUGACGUUGAAGGGACGCAAAGAUUUGGUGCAAAAAAUACUGGGGCAGGUUUCAGAUGGCACCCAACUCAUUUUGCUGACAGGGAUGGGUGGUAUAGGUAAAACAAGCACGGCUAUCGAGGUUGGACAUCACAGAAAAGAUGUUUUAUAUAUUGACAUGGAAAAAGUUUUAAAUCUUGAAUCUGUCAAACUGUCACUGGUAUAUUACUACCAGCCAGCUAUUUUUUUGAAUGACGUUUACAAAGAUUAUGAAAACAAACUCAUACACACUAUGUCUAGUUUGAAUACAGAAACUCUUCUUAUCUUUGACAAUAAUGACAGUAUUUUGCACUCACAAAAACACAAGUUUCUGCAAUUACUGCAAGAUUUAAUGGAUUCAUCUAAGUUUAUCACACUGUUAUGCGCCAGUCGUGAAUCCUUUAGUCUUCUGUCACAUACGACAGUUACUGUAGACAUUCCUCCUCUUGAUAAAAUAUCUUCACUAAAAGUUCUUUGGGGAGAAAUCAGUCCCACAGAUAGUGAAUUAGAAGCUUUAGGUGAAAUAGCAGACAGAUGCGGCCAUAACCCUCUUGCACUGCAACUGCUUGCUGGCCAAAUUAAACUCAAAACAAUAAACACCGUUUUAGAGGAAAUAAAACAGAAAAAUGUCCUCACCAUUCUACAGUUAUCUAGCACUCCAACGCCUUUAGAUAAGUCUUAUGAAACACUGAAUCCCUUAGAGCAGAGGGUAUUUAGGGGACUGUAUAUAUUUCCCAUCGCAUUUACUUCAAUUGAGGUUUCUGAAAUUUUAGAAAUAGAUGAGAAUGAAUGUGAAUCUGUCCUUGGGAGUAUAACCAUUAAAUCCCUCUUGAACUCCGAUGAAAAUACCUAUGAUCUACAUCCUUUGCUAAGAGACUAUGCAGAAUCUCAUGCAAAUACAAGCAAUGAAAUCUCUCAUACACAAGAGAGAUACUGUGAUUAUUACAUAGGUCGUCUCAAACACCUAUACAAUGUGCAUCAAAGCAGUGCUGCUGAAUUGGAAUGUUUGGCAAACAUGUCACCCCAUCUAGAUAAGACAGCCAGUUUGCUCAAAUCAAGGUUGUACUCAUCUGAGAUACAACAGAGAAAAGAGGCAUUCAUAAAUUUGCAACUCAUCGCAGAGGUGUUCCAUAAUCUUUCACUUAAUCAAAAAGCUCUAUCAAUUUAUCAGACAGUAGUAGAUGGAAUGGAAAGCCAUUCGGAGUACGCUCAGAUUGAUGUAGAAAAAGUGAACAGCAAAAUAGGUGCUGUGCUGCAAAAAAUGGGUGAGUACAAAAAGGCACUUGCUUUUCAUAAAAAAUCACUGGAUGUUAGGGAAGAACUUUUAGGUCCUAAACACCCUGAUACUGCUAACUCAUACAUCAAUAUUGGUAGUGUACUGCAAGCCAUAGGUGAAUAUAGGGAUGCACAUGCCUAUUACAGAAAAUCACUGGAUGUGAGGGAAGAAAUUCUAGGUCCCAAGCAUCUUGAUACUGCUACCUCAUACAACAAUAUUGGUAGUAUACUUCAAGCCAAGGGUGAGUACAAAGAGGCACAUGCCUAUUACAAAAAAUCACUGGAUGUUAGAGAAGAAAUUCUAGGUCCCAAGCAUCUUGAUACUGCUACCUCAUACAACAAUAUUGGUAGUAUACUUCAAGCCAAGGGUGAGUACCAAGAGGCACAUGCCUAUUACAAAAAAUCACUGGAUGUGAGGGAAGAGCUUCUAGGUCCUAAACACCCUGAUACUGCUACCUCAUACAGCAAUAUCGGUAGUGUACUGCAAGCUAAGGGUGAGUACAAAGAGGCACAUGAAUAUUACAAAAAAUCACUGGAUGUGAGGGAAGAGCUUCUUGGUACCAAGCACCCUGAAACAGCUGGUUCAUACAACAAUAUAGGUGCCGUAUUGCAAUACAUUGGUGAGUACAAAGAAGCUCUACUGUAUCACAAAAAGUCACUUAAUGUGAGGGAAGAGCUUUUAGGUCCCACACACCCUGAUACUGCCACUUCACAUAGCAAUAUUGGCAGUGUACUUCAAGCCACGGGUGAGUACAAAGAUGCUCAAGCAUAUUACAAAAAAUCACUGGAUGUGAGGGAAGAGCUGUUAGGUGCCAAACAUCCUGAUACUGCUGCCUCGUACAACAAUAUUGGUAGUGUACUACAAGCCAUGGGUGAGUACAAAGAUGCUCAAGCCUAUUACAAAAAAUCAUUAUAUGUGAGGGAAGAACUGUUAGGUCCCCAACACCCUGAUACUGCCACCUCAUACAACAAUAUCAGAAGUGUAUUGGAAGCCAUGGGUGAGUACAAAGAGGCACUUGCCUAUCACAUAAAAAGCCCGAAUGUGAAAGAAGAACUGCAAGGUCCCACACAACCUAAUACCGCUACAUCAUACAUCAAUAUUGGUAGUAUACUGGAAAUCAUGGGUGAAAACAAAGAGGCUUUUGACUAUCACAAAACAUUACUGGAUGUGAAAGAACACCUUUUAGGUCUUAAACGCCUUGAUACUCCUACCUCAAACAACAAUACUGGUGCUGUACUGCAAGGCAUGGGUGAGUACAAAGAUGAACUUGCCUAUUACCAAAAAUGUCUAAAUGUGAAAGAAGAGCUUUUAGGUCCCAAACAUCCUGAUACAGUGGCCUUAUUCAACAAGGUUGGUGUUGUUCUACAAGCCAUGGGUGAGUACAAAGAGGCACUUGUCUUUCAUAAAAAAUGCGUUUGUGUGCGAGAAGAACUUCUGGGUCCCAACCACCCCGAUACUGCCGCCUCAUACAACAACAUUGGCAUUAUACUGAAGUCCAUGGGUGAGUAUAAAGAGGCACUCGCCUUUUAUAAAAAAUGUUUGGAUGUAAGAGAGAAGUUUCUUGGCACCAAACACUCUAGUACUGCUGCCGUAUAUAAUAAUAUAGGUGUUGUACUGUACGCCAUGGGUGAGCACAAAGAGGCACUGGCCUAUUUCAAAAAGAGCUUGCAUGAGAGGAAAGAGCUGUUAGGUGCCAAACAACUUGAUACUGCUUCCUCAUACAACAACAUAGGCAUUGUACUAAAAGCCAUGGGUGAGUAUAAAGAGGCACUUGCCUUUUACAAAAAAUGCUUGGAUGUGAGAGAAGAGGUUCUUGGUACGAAACACCCCGACACCGCUGCUUCAUAUAAUCAUAUAGGUGUUGUCCUUCAAGCCAUGGGUAAAACUAAACAGGCCCUUGACUUUCAUAAGAAAUGCUUGAAAAUUAGAAGAGAGUUUCUAGGUCAUAAACACCUUGAUAUUGCAACCUCGUACAAUGAUAUUGGUGUUGCUCUACAAGCCAUGGGUGAGUACAAAGAGGCACUUGCCUAUCACAAAAAAUGCCUGGGUGUAAGGGAAAAGCUUAUAGGUCCUAAACACCCUGAUACUGCUACCUCAUACAAUAAUAUUGGUUGUGUACUACGAGACAUGGGUGAGUACAAAGAGGCAUUUGCCUACUGCAAAAAAUGUCUGGAGUUGAGAAAAGAGCUUCUUAGUCCAAAACACCCUGAUACAGCUUCCUCAUACAAUAAUUUUGGUAGUGUACUGAAAGCCAUGGGUGAGUACAAAGAGGCCCUUGCCUAUUACAAAAAAUGCAUGGAAAUUAGAGAAGAGCUUCUAGGGCCCAAACACCCUGAUACUGCAACCUCAUACAAUAACAUCGGUUGUGUACUACAAGCCAUGGGUGAAUACAAACAGGCACUUUCAUAUUGCAAAAGUUGCCAGGAGGUAAAAGUAGAGGCGCUUGGUCCCAAAUAUCCUGGUGCGGCUGCCUCAUACAACAAUAUUGGUUGUAUACUUAAAGGCAUGGGUGAGUGUAAAGAGGCAUUAACCUAUUUAAAAAAAGGCCUGGAAUUGGCGGAAGAACUACUUAGCCCCAAACACCCUGAUACUGCUGCCAUAUACAACAAUAUUGGUAGUGUACUAAAAAACAUUGGUGAGUACAAAGAGGCACUUGCCUAUUACAAAAAAUGCUUGGAAGUACACGAAGAACUGCUAGGUCCCAAACACCCUCAUACUGCUUAUACAUAUAACAAUAUUGGUUGUGCACUAGAAAACUUGGGUGAAAGCAAAGAGGCACUUGUCUUUUACCAAAAAUGUAUAGAAUUGAUGGAAGAGGUGGUUUGUCCCAGACACCCUAAUAUUGUCGCCUUUUACAACAAUAUAUGUAGUGUACUGCGAGCCAUGGGUGAGUAUGAACAAGCAUCAGUAUAUCAGAAAAAAUAUCUGGAAAUAAGUGAGGGAAGGGCUCCAAGGCCUUAAGCUUCCUAAUACUGCAACCUCUUAUAAAAUGCUAUUUGAUUAAUGUACACUCCUGCUCAAGAUGAUACAAUUCUCCAAAUGGAAAUUGCAUCUAAAGCCCCAGUCACUCUUAUUCGGAAUCAGAAGUAAUCAAGCAGAAUGUGCCGGAAAAAAUUCAAAAAAAUUCAAAAUUCACGCCACAUUCGGCAGGAAAUAUCACCUAAUGCCCUAGUUACACUAGAUGCGGAAUGAGCUAGAAUGUAGUAAGAAUGAAAAUUCUAUGUAUAUUCCAGGAUAUUUGAAUUGUGUUGUAAAAAUUCUGAGUGCAUUCCAAAUAUUCUUUGCUCAUGCUCAAAACUUUUGAAGUGCAUUCCAAUUGGAGAAACAUUGAUUGGAAUUCUAAGUGUAUUCUAAGUGCACUAUGAGUAAUACUUAAUAUUCUUAGAGAAUCCCAACAGUAUUCGAAUCAUUUUGAUCACGAGGGAGAACUGAAAUGGCAAGACACUUCAAAUCCUGCUAGAAUGAGCCGCAAGGCAACUAGAAUGCAUCUCGAUGUCUGCCCAAAUCCUAUUUAAGCCAUUUCAAACUACACUCGUACGGCAUUCAAAGUGUAUUCUAAAUAUUCUGACAGCAUUAUCGAUAUUCCUAGUUUUCCAACUACAUUUGAGCUGCAUUUGAGAGCUAAUGCACCCGAAAUGUGCACAAAUCAUUCCAGGCAGAUUCAAGCACAUUAUGAGUAUUCCAACGGUAUUCUCACAAAAAUUUAGAUCAAUUUGAAAUUUCUCCCCGAAUGUGGUGCGAACUUUGAAAAUUCUUUAUUCCUUCUCAUUCUGCUUGAAUACUGCAGAUACUGAAUAAGUGUGAUGGGGCCUUGAAACCUUCCUGGAAUGAUUUGUGCACAUUUCAGGUGUUCAUGUAUGAGUGCUCAAAUGCAGCUUGCAUGUAGUUUGAACACAUAAGGAAUAUUGAUGAUGUAUGCAGUGAGAAUAUUUAGAAUACACUUCAAUUGCAGCAUGAGUGCAGUUUGAUUGUUGGCCGAAAUAGGAUUUUGUAAGCAAUCCCGCAAGAAAACGCAGUAGAUACUCCAGCGCAGUAGACUACUGCAUUCAUACUGCAAACAUGCCUCAAAU